CUUUCAGAAAAAUAAAAACUGAUAAUUUAUGCAUUUUAAAAACGGCCGGAAGUUGAUGCUUCCUCCGCUUCCUCCCAGGGCCGCUACUGGUCUCAUAAGUUGUUGCCUAAAUAUGUACAAAUCAUAGAACAGAGACUUUGUUUUUCCUGGAUGACCAGCAAGUAAAAACAAGAUGAUGAAUGACCACAUGGAUAUCUUUUUGAUACUGAUGUGUCAAUAUUGUAAUUACAUAAUAUUAUGUAUUGCUUCAACUUUUUUUUGGUCACUACAAAUUUAGAAAAAGCUUUAGGUCAAGGGAUUUCUACAAACCAGUUAAGGAACUAUAUAUACUGCUAGCCAGCUCAUAUAAAAAAAUUUAGAUAGUUAGUCAACUUGUAAAUUUAUAAUUUAUACUAAUUAAAUAAAAUAAUCCUCAAACAUCACAGAUAUGUUGUUUUCGAAAAUGUAUGUUUUGAAGUUUUCUCACGUAUUAAAAAUAUUUUAAAUUAUAAAUAUAUUAUUUUUUGAUUAAUUAUUUCUCGUAAUUUUUAUCCGAUCGAAGUUCAAUAAACACAACUAAUUUUUUCAAAGUUUACAAUUUAACAUUUUUACCAAUAAAAAAAAAUUUGAAAGAUUUUUUUUUCUAAAACAUAGAUAAGUUUUAAACGAACGGAGUACUUGUUUGUAGGUUUUUUCUAGUUUAAAAUUUUGAACCUUUUUUUUUUUGUUUAAAAGAAAAAUGUCACUUUGAAACGUUCAAUCUUUGGAAUAAGCCAACGUAGAAGACUCGUUCAACCUUUGGAAUAAUAGAUCAUUGACAUACAUUUGCGUCUUGGUUAACCUUCUCUAGAAUAAUAUCUCUAGAAUAAUACUCGAGAUUUUUAGCCUGUUGUAGACUUAUAUCUCAGGGCCAGUAAUCAUUUUCAUAUAUGGCGUCUCUAUAACCGAUGUGAUGAAAACCUUGGCAUGGAAGCCUUGGCAUGGAAGCAAACGUCAUUGUAACCGAUGUGAUGAAAACCUUGAAGCAAGACGGUCUUGACAUUUUUUGGGUUAUAGAUAAUUUAGUAAAAUUGUUUAUAAAAAUUAAAUAGAUUGGGAGCAUAUAACUAUAUAUAUAUAUAUAUAUUAAAUUUUAAAACUUGAAAGUUCGAAAUCAAUACUCCUUUCGUUUCAUUUUAAUUAUCUUAUAGAAUAGUUUUUUUGUUCAAAAUAAAUAUUUUUUUAGAAUUUCAAUGCAAAAUUUAUUAAUUUUAUAUGAUAUAUGAUUUUUUAUAUUCUCCAAUCUAUUUUUAUUGGUUUAAAUGUGGUUAUUUGUAUAAGUAAUGAUGUUUUUUUUCAAAAAAAAAUAUACAAAAUUAAAUGUUUAAUUUAUUAAUUUGUGUGCACAAAUCUAAAACGACAAUUAAAAUGGAACAUAAUGAGUAUUUUGCAUGGUUAUAUCCACUUUUAAAUAUUUCUAUUUAAGAUCUUUUGAAAUAAGAGUGGGCAUUCGGGUUUGGUUCAGAUCUAUUCAGGUUUCAGGUUUUUGGGGUUAAAUAUUUCAGUUACAUUCAGGUAUUUAUAAAUUUCUCGAAAUCUAAGAACAAAAAUAAUAUUUAACAUAUAAAUUUGAAUAAUGUAUGCCAAAAUAUCUAGACUUAAUAUAAAGUCUUGCUUAAAUAUUUGGAUGAAAAAUCAAUAGAAAUUUCAAAUACUUUUGGUAUUUUGAGUAAUGCUUAUCUAUUUUGGAUAUUUAAUUUUGACUAAUUGUAUAUAUUUUUAAGUAUUUUGGACAACUUCAAAAUAUCUUAUAUAUUUUGGAUAUUAAUCUCAAAAUAAUUAAUAUAUUUAAGUAUAUAAAUAUGAUUCAGAUUAUUCAGAUACCUAAAAUAUUUCGGUUCGGGUCGGGUUCGGAUUUUUUAGAUACCAAAAUCUUGUAUCCAUUUGAAUUUUAACCAGUUUCAAUUCGGAUUUAGUGCUAUUUUUUUGAUCGGAUUUGGCAUUGUUCGGUUCUUAUGAUUCAGUUUUUUUUUGCCAAGCCAUAUAUUUUUUUUAAUUAUACAAGGGUAUCUUGGUCUCCAUUGGAUUGGAUCAGUUUACUUAUUGGCCUGGUGUUAGCAGUCUACUUAUCGGUCAAGUCCUAUUUUGAAUUUUGUAACAAUGAAGAAAAAGCACUGAAACGUAGAAGAAUGGUUUCAAAACAUCAGUUUAAACUGUAAAGAUCAUUCAUCAGAAUAAGCGUAAAAGUAAGCGACCACUUCACUCUGCCAAAAAAAAUAAAACCUCAAAAUUCAAACGGUAACCUAACAGAAUCCUGAACGUAAUUGAGCCGGUUAACAAAACAUGUCUAUGUUAGAAAUCAGAUCGGUUAAAACCGGUUAAAGAAUCAAAUUGGUUGGUGUGGUUAGUGGUAACUGGUAAGUAGACUUGUGGUAAGAGCAGGGAGCUUCUGUAAAAGGAUCAAAAUUGCCAGUUCCGAAAGCAAAAAAAAAAACAAAAAUGAGAAAGCAAGAACCGGAGGAAGCAAAUCGUAACGUCAAUAUGGAAACCGCAACAAGCGACCAAAGUCUCAUAACAAUUCUGGACGACAUCAAAUCUUCAAAACUUCCGGCUGUUAUUAACUACGGUGCUUCGUGGUGUGGAGUUUGUAGCCAGACGUUUCCUGCCUUCCAAGAGCUAAGCAGCAGUUUCAAAAGGAUCAAGUUUGUUUAUGCAGAUAUCGACGAGUGCCCUGAGACCACUCUUCACAUCCGUUACACUCCGACGUUUCAGUUCUACAGAGACGGUGAAAAGGUUGACGAGAUGUUUGGAGCUGGUGAAGAGAGGCUACAUGAUCGUCUUUGGCUUCUUUCUUGAAAUGUAUUCUUGAAAAAUCAAAUUAUUAACACCUAUAAAUGAUAAAAUAUAAGAUAUCUGCAACCCUUUGCUACAUAAUUGAUAAGAUUAUUGUAAUAACAUAUGAAUAUUUAGUACCAAACUAAAUAGUGACUAUAUAUAUUUCUCCUUUUUAGUGAUC